AAUGAUACCGAAAUCAACAACCAAAUGUGAUCAAACAAAUGAAGAAACCGAAUUAAUUGACCUUGAUCAAAUGCUUAGUUCUCUCAAUUCGGGUAGUAUUAAAAAAAUGGCACGAUCAGACCUUCAACAAAUUUAUUCACGUAUUAUAGCUCAAGAAAAAUCAUUUACAUUUCAUCAAAUGAUUUUUUUAUUGGCAAGAGAAAUUUAUGGGUCAAGUGAUUCGGUUGGUCAAAUAUUAAAUUCUAAUUCAGAAACUCUGGGCAAUGAUUUCAAUAUAAAUAUUCUAGACUCGUCUCAAAACAUAUAUAAUUAUUCUACAUCUGCAAAUGAUCACAUUAUGCAGGAUGUACGAAAUGUAUAUGAACGAGAUAUUAUAGAAAACAAAGGGGAACAAAAAGAUCAUAAUAAUACGUCAAAUCAUAAUGAUACUGAACUUAUGUCUAUGUAUUCUACAUUGCGUGAUAAUGUAUCAGAA